UGACACUCUCAAUGAGAUUGGUGUACAUCUCUUUACACCACUCACACUGGACGAGCUGAGAUUUUGUUUGUAAAUUUUAGAACUAUUUCCAACAUAGAGUUCAGAGGAUAAUUUGGGUGGAGUCUUACUCAGUACUCUAUAAUUUACAGGCAAUAAACCAUAUCUUCGUAGAAAUGGCAAAAUUUCGUGCCACAGGAUUAUUUCUGGCGCUGCAGAAUGAUGAUGAGGAUGAGGUUGUCAACCUGCUCAAUGCUGACACAGACACAAAGCUCAAAGAUUCCGAUGGGCGGACAUUUUUACAACAUGCGGUCGAGAUGAAGUGCAAGAUCGGGAUCAUCAAGGAGUUGAUGAAGAGAUCGGAUAUCGCAGAAAGGGACGAAGAAGGUGAUACAGUCUUGGACAAAAUCCUUGAGAAAGACGACAAGCAAUUGGAUGAUGUCUUCAUCGAAUUCAUCGACAGCGUCAUGUACGAGGGCGACACGGACAAGCUGGAGGAAAUUGUCCUGGCCGGAUGGGAGGUACCAAGACCAUCAUCAUCCAAGAGGAAACAGAUCAAGCAGAACUCAGAGGCUAUUGAUGUCCUGCUGGAUAACAUCAAGAGUUUUGAGGACCGAGUCAAGGACAUCCACCGUGCCAUAUUCGAUGGGAACGUUCGUCUGCUGAAGCAGCUUGCCGACAAGAAGAAUGUGGGGAAGGCACGUGAUGAGACGGGCCUGUUCCCGCUACACAAGGCCAUUGUUUACGACCAGAUGGAUACGCUGAACUACCUCGUUGAGAACUUCCCUGAGCUCAUCAACAAGAAAGAUAGCUAUGGGCGUACCCCCCUCCAUUAUGCUGCUGUCACCACGGACAGUCGUGACAAGUAUCAGAUACUGGUCAACGCUGGAGCCGGUGAGGAAAUUGAGGACAACAAAGAGCAUACGCCCAAAUACUACCUUGACCACAAGGAUGAGAUAGACCUCGUAGCCUUCCGUCAGAAGCUCAGUCAGAUCCUCGUCAAGCCCCGCAAGCACCUCAAGUCGCGGCCAUCAUCCAAGAAAUCUCGACCCGGAUCAAAGACGUCAGAGAAGGCAGCAUCAAGGGGCUCAGCAGCAGGAUCGAGGGUCUCAUCUGCUGGCUCAGGUAGACAAGGGGAGUCCAAAAAGACCUCGCAAUCUGGCUCAGUCUCCAUCCCCAGCCAAGUUAAAGCUGACCCAUACCUCGUUCGGGACAUCCCACCUCCAAAGACAGAGGAUGGCCUGUACUGUGCCAGUGUGCUCGGUGAAGCGCUGACCCUAGCCCUGGCUGAGAUCGUGGACAAGAGGCCUUGGGAUCCCAUUGAGUUCUUGGGUCAUUGGCUGCAGAAGUAUGCUGCCAACCAAGAAAGACUUAGGAAGGCUCGCGUCCAAGAGGAGGAUAUGAGGAGACAAGCCAUCCAAGAAGAGCAGGAACGCCUGAUGAAGCAGAAAUGUGAGGAGGAGCGCCUUAAACUGCAGGAGGAGCAGCGACAGCAGAAGUUACAGGCAGAGGAGGAGCGGCGACAACAGGAGGAAGAGGAAAAGAGGCAACGAGAGAAGAGCCUACUUGCAGGUCCUCCCAUGCCCACCUUGAAGGAGGAAGAACAAGAGGACGCCUUCAUGAAAGUCGAUACGAUCAACGUCAGGGACGAGAAUGGUCAAACGGAGCUACACCGCGCUGUGAUACAAGAGGUGUUUGACCUUGACAGCUUCAUGGUGAGGGGAUUCAACUUAGGCCUGCGAGAUGCAAACGGGAAGACACCAAGAGAAUUGGCGGAAGAGGCUGAAAGGACAGAGCAUGUCGAGGCAAUUGACAAAUACGUGUGCAGCUUGUUUGAGACAGGAAAGACCGACGCCAUUAAGGUACUGGUGCUGACAGGGUACAAUAAGAUACCAGACCUUACAGAGCGAUACGGGGAAGACGGGGCAGGGCUCGACGAAGACGCCUUUGGAAUAUGGAAGAAUAUGAGUAAAGCACAGGAUGCACUACUCUCAAGCAGAAAAGCGGUUCUCAAAGGUUCCAUCAGGGAAUUAAGACAAUCCCUUUGGAGAAAAGAAUUAAGCUGUGGCCGAGAUGAUGCCGGGCGGAGUUUUCUACACCAAGCCGUUCUGUACAAUAGACAAGAAAUUGUGGAAUAUCUCCUGGAAAAUUAUCCAUACUUGAUCCACUUCAAAGACAACCAUGACAGAACCCCGCUUCACUAUGCCUUAGCAGUGGAUGACAAACUAAAGGAAACACUGCUAAAUGCUGGAGCAGACAUGGGCGCACUAGACAUGAGACAAAAUCCUCCAAGUUAUUAUGAAGAGAACAAGCAUGAGAUUCUGUCACAGAGACUGGCAGCGCCUGAAGACCUCUUGGUUGCAGAGGAAGAGGGAGAUGGCCUUGGUAUAGGGGGACAAGCCUUGGUUGUUGAAGGAGAAGGUCUGGCUUUAGAGGGAGAUGGCCUGGGUGUAGAGGGACAAGGCUUGGCUGUGGAGGGAGAAGGUCUGGCUGUUGAGGGAGAAGGCCAGGCUGCUGAGGGAGAGACUGCAGAAGAACAAGCUGCAGAAGGGCAGGUUGAAGAGGGCCAGGCAACCGAAGGGCAGGCUGAAGAGGGCCAGGCAACCGAAGGGCAGGUUGAAGAGGGCUAGGAAGAUUGACAGGGACAACAAUAACGAGAACAGACUUUAAUAAUCCAGGAAUAUAGAAAAUAUGAUAAAUCGGGAAUAAAUCUUUAUUCUUUGCCAUUCUUGGACAAAGUUCAAUGUAACAUAUAAGUUAAGGUUAAAGAGGACAAGACACAGAUGCCUCCCACUAUCAUGGUGUGAGCACCUUUGAACAAAAGUGUAAUUCUGAAAAUUGAUAUAGCGAGUUCUUAGUUUUUCAAAUACUCAUUCUGUCUGUUGCAUUGCCAUUUUAACAAAAUCGCAAAGGCGGAAUUCCCGCUUUCAGGAAAAUCUCGAAAUCAACGACUAGAUCGCUAUCAAAAUUACGAACAAAGGAUGAAUAAAAUAAAUAACAUUCACUGCUGCUGCAGUGGAAAACACCAGAAUUUCAGUAACAGUGAAACAGUAAUACGGAAACAGUGCUUUAACUUAAAACUGUAAAUUUUGAACGGAAGAAACUAACUGUACAUACCCUUUUGUUCAGGCGCUAAAAUAUUUCAGAAGAUUUUAUAGUAAUUUUAUUUAUCUUUUUAUCUAUUUCUUUGGUAUCUCCAGAGAAUUCUAUUGAAAAAUGUAUACUGUAUUGAAAAAGGAUUCUGUUAUACUUUCUAUAUGUUUAUCAAAUAAAGGAACAUUUUUACGUAGUUUUAUAA